AUGGAGCAGCUACCAAAACACCAUAGUCGAACGUCAAUCCUGCUCCAAAACCACUCCAGCUUUAGCCGAAGAGCUGGGAUUACAGCUGUACAUUUGCUCAUUGUGUACUAUCCUUUUGCCUCCGUGCCACCGCAAAUAGGCGGCUUUCAAGAUUGUUGUGGCGGUCAACCAUGUCCCAACUGCAAGAUAAAGCACGGGGUUGUGCCUGCGUCUCUCCUUACCCCCGAGUGUUUGGCUGAGUGUCCGCCAACUGAUAUCCUGGACCAUGCUUGUGCUUGGCAUGAUGCUUGUACGUUCUCACAUGACAGGCCUCUGAACUUCACCUGCAGCCCGCAGGGCAACGAGUGCUUCUGCGACUGCACACUUGUCAGGACUACUUACAACCUUACGUGCCCCUCGUAUUCGUGCACGGCCUACCGGGCAGCCCUGGACGAAUUGUUUCUACAUGGAACGGCAUGCUAUGUAAAAGAUGAGAAUGGCACCAUGACUUGUGAGGGGUUGCGAUCUGGCAUCGGGCUGUAUACUCAUUGUGAUAAAGGAGAGCCCGUAUUUGGGAACACUACUGCAAAUGUUAUACCGGAAAACGGUUCAGGGCCAGGGAAAAGGAGGCUUCAUGGGAGGAUUGUUGGGGACGAAACUAGGGGUGCGACGGGGAAUGGAAACGAAAUAGAUAAUGAAAUAGGCUUAGGCGAUGAAAAAGAGGGUGUGGCGGUGGAAGAAAAUGCCGAAGGUUUGUAUUGA